UCCUUCUGACUGUAUUCACUGCAGCAACAGCUUGCAUCCUCAAAUAGGAGAAGACGUCAGCUUCAGAGGUUCAAUCAGACAUCUUCUUCACCAAGAGAGAUGGCAGGCCUGUGUUGGAUGGCUGUGGUGCUGGCCUUCAGCACGUCCAUUGGAAACAGUCUGGCUGUGGAUCAAAGAAGCCUCACAGUUAUUGUAGGAGAAAUCCUGGACAGGUACUUCAUGAACAACAUGCAGUUCAGUUUGGCCGUAAACAUCCCAGUGGACCAGAAGAUUAAGGAGGCCCUCGAUAAAGACCCCUCUACCAAUGUGCAAAACAAGGUUCGAAAGGGUGAAGUGUACACAGGGACCAAUGUGGUUGCAGCAACAUUUCAAAAGAAGGACACAUAUACUGAUCAUGCAGAGGCACGUGUUCUGGACAAAAUAAAACCUUUAGUUAUCAACAGUAAGGGUCAUAUUCUGGUCCUCUAUUCUUACCUUUCUCCAUGUGGUCAAAAGUGUACAAAUCAAAACCACAAUUACAAUAUCUUGGACAAGAUUAAUAGCGCCAUUAAGAAAUCCAAAUGGGCUGACCGUGCCUUUGUGUUUACUAAAGUAUUCGAUGGGCGUGGUAUAACUCAAGCUGAGAUUAAAGAGACCUUUAAUAAGCUUGCAGGGACUCAAAUUGGUCAGAACAACAUAUUCCGUUGUUACUACCCAAAGAAAGGUCAAUUCCAAUGCAUCAAGUGCUUCAACAAUGGGGUACUUUCAGACGAGUGUGUUCAAAACUAGGCCUAGAUGUGUCAAAGCCACAACAGGGACUGUGGUAGAGUUUCCAUGGAGGAGAGGAGAUCUGGGGACCACAGUGAUUCAGGUUCAAGUGGAAUUUUAAACAAGUUAUUUGCUUAAAAAUGCACUUUCCUCUAUAAAACUACAAGCUAUGUCACUGCUGCUGAGGACCCACACACACUUCAGAUGUGUUCUUUGGUCCAAACCAUUCACCAGCAGAGCUUACAUUUCCUUGCACACAUACUGUUGAGGUGUAUGGUCAUUGUUUACCUGAGUGUUGACUGAUCUGGGGUUGUUUCAUGGAACUGAUGUGAAUCAUGUUCUGUACUCAUGGCAGUUUGGUCUGAAGAGGACAGAGACUCAUAUUUUCAGGAGUCUCAGUGUGGUUUUA